AUGCACGCGGCGAUCCUCUUCGUGGCGCUGACCGCACUCGGCGGAGGCGGCUGCGUCCCGAGCGAGCGCGCCGCGCUCCUCGACGUGAGGCGCGGCUUCACCGGCGACCCGGACGGCGCGCUCUCCUCGUGGACGGGCCUGGACACCGACUGCUGCCGGUGGCGCGGCGUCGUCUGCGACAACGCCACGGGCCGCGUGGCGGAGCUCCGGCUCUGCAACGCGCUCGCCGACGCCGGCAGCACGGGCCUCAGCGGCAAGAUAAGCCCCGCGGUCCUCCGCCUCCCCCGCGGCGGCGUGGCGUCGCCGUCGCCGCCGCUCCCGCGGUUCAUCGGUGCGCUCUCCACCCUCCGGUACCUCAACCUCUCCAACACGUACGUCACCGGCGAGGUCCCGCCGCAGCUCGGGAACCUGUCAGCGCUGGUUACUCUCGACCUCAGCUACCUCGCCGGCCUCUACUCCGCCGACCUCUCCUGGCUCGCCGGCCUGACCUCGCUGGAGUACCUCGACAUGGGGUCGGUGAACCUCAACGCGUCCGUCGGCUGGGCGCGCGACGUCAACACCCUCCCGUCCCUGGGCGUCCUAUCCCUGCCGUUGUGCGAGCUGACGAUGACGCCGCCGGCGAACCUGACACGGCUCCAGCGUCUCGACCUCUCCUCGAACGCAAUCAACGCCUCGACCGCCGAAGACGCCUGGUUGUGGCACGUGCCGACCCUCACCUACCUCGACCUCUCCGGCAACUCGCUGUCCAGCCCGUUCCCGGACGCCAUCGGCAACAUGACGGGUCUCCAGGUGCUCGACCUCAACGGCAACGCCAUGGCCGGCAUGAUCCCGGCGACGCUACAGCACCUCUGCCUCCUGCAGGUCCUGGACAUGACGGUGAACCAGAUCUCCGGCGACAUGUCGGACUUCAUGGCUCGGCUCCCUCGCUGCGCGCUGGGGCACCUCCGGGUCCUGCAGCUGUCGGCGGCCAACGUAUCCGGGCGUCUGCCGGAGUGGAUCGGUGACAUGUCUCAGCUGACAUAUCUUGAUCUCUCCUUCAACAAUCUAGCAGGAAAGAUACCCCAAGGAAUCGGCAAGCUCUCAAAGCUCACCAGGCUCUUCCUGAACAAGAACAGCCUGAAUGGCAGCUUGUCGGAAGCCCACUUGUGGAUCCAGUGA